GGCGGAGUAAAACGCAAACGUAAAGGAUUUGAUAUCCGGAGAGGAACGUCUCACGGUAACGGUCUCUGUCUCGACACCAGCUGGUCUUAUUACUUUUUUUGUCUCUUUAAAUACUUGAAUAAGUUUAAGAAGACGAAGAUUCUCUUCCUUCACUACAGAUUUUUACAAACAAAAAACAAAGAAAGAAGAACAACCUGCUGCUCACCAUGGCAGUGGAAGGAUGCGGCGUCGCCUGUAAAUAUAUCCUCAUCGUUUUCAACAUCAUCUUUGCCGUUCUGGGUUUUGCCUUCCUGGGUCUCGGUUUGUGGCUGAGGUUCGGUGUUGGGACAGGAAACACCUUUGAAUCAGGGUCACAAGACUUAAGUAUAUAUUUUGUAGGCGCGACGGUCCUGAUGACUCUGGGCGCCGUGUUGUUGAUGGUGGUGGUGUUUGGAGAUUAUGGCGCCUGCAAUGAAAAACAGUGUCCACUGAUCGUGUUCUGCGCCCUGCUGGUCGCUCUGGCUGCAGCCAUGGUCGUGUUUGGAGCGCUGGCUUACACCAGAAGACAGGAGGUUGGCGACGGUCUUGUAGAGUUCUACACCGGCAUGUACAAUCAGUAUGCAAACGAUGGAGACCCUGCCAUCGGCGUCACGCUCACAGCUGUUCACAACAUGCUGAACUGCUGUGGAGUUUCUGGGAUGCCACCAGUAGAUAUGGAUAAACAGACGUGCUCAGAUAAAUGUUCUCAGAAGAUCAUCGGCGCCUUCAACAGCUACUCUCCUCUGACGAUGGGCAUCUUCCUCGGAACUGGAGCUCUCCUGAUCACCGCCCUGGUUUGUGCCGUGAUCCUCCUGAUACAGAUCAAGAGAGUCAAUCAGGAGGUCAGUGAGUACUACUCGGCCGUGUACUGAGGAGUACACCUUCUACUGGAGAGCGGAGGCUCGUUUCCAUCUGUGUGUGUGUCGACUACUGAUCACAGUGAAUUCCGAUGACGUUUAUUGUUAUGUUUUUUUUAUCUUAUGAACUACUUUACACUCAGCCCAGCCCUGAAAUCUAAUCUGCAGAGCGACAACUUUCUCCGUCGUAAAAGUACUCAUUACUGCAGCUCUCUGUGAAAUGGAUGUUGCCUGUUAUAAACCAUUAUUCAUACAGCUAUAAACACACAGCCAGGCGAGAGCGUGUGUGUGUGUGUGUGUGAAGGCCUGUGGAUCACUGUGGGCGUGUGAUAAGUAACCUGUCAAUGCCGACAACAAAACAACUUAAUGAUAGACUGAGCGGAGAUGAGCUGCAGGGCUGAGGAUUUCCAUUUAUGAUGAGUGUGUGUGUGCGUGUGUGUGUGUGUGUGGCGGCUGCAGCCACGACAACGAGAGCUGAUGCAAUUAUUUGCACUAUUUCCACAUCAGUUGUUACACCUUUUUAUCUGUAAAGAAUUUUUUAACAAAGAGAAAAGGAACCAUUUCCUUCAUCAUCAGCCAUGUUUCUGACUUCACCGACUCACGGCUUUAACUCGUAGCUUUAUCAACACUGGUGUCGUCUGCUGGUGAUAACGUUGCUGCUUUAUUCAAUGGUUUAAAAAAACACUUUGUUUCCCGUACACUGUCUGAACCGCGGGCCGCAGGUUUGGCCCAUAAAUGUUGUUGAUCGUCCUUGAACAUUUCAUACAGAGUGAAUGGAGUUCAAACAAAUACUGUCUUUAAAAUCAAUGUCUUUAAACUUUAAGUGCUGUGAACUCCGCGUGUACACAGCGAGUACCGUGUACUUUGUUAUACCUGACUGUCAGAGUAACUGGUUUUUUCUAACCCAGUGAGUAUUUCGUCAUCUCGGCCAAUAUCGUGUUUCCUGUUGUCAAUAAAAGACGAAGGACAUGA